CUCACUGUAGCACUACCCAUGGGCCAUGACAGCGCUGUAGCCCACUAAGAAAAUACUUGGAUGGUCCUGGGCUAGCCAACCCCUCCCCCACCAAACUGCCUGUUUAUCCAGUCUAUGGAGGGGGAAAAAGUGAAUCGCUCAAAAUCCAUCGGGCUUUUUUUUUUCUCUCCUCUGACAUCCCACCACCAAUCUACACAAACCUACCAUCAACCAUGGCAUCCGUGGCGACCGUGAUGCUGCCUCUGCCCGCUCUCCCCAGCGGCUGGAGUGCAGACAAAGACUUCAAGGCCGUCGGCCAGCUCUCCGAGGCUGUCCAACGCAGCAUCGAGCCCGUUGGUCCUCACUUCCUCGCCCACGCCCGCCGAGCCCGCCACAAGCGCACCUUCUCCGAAGAUGACCGCAUCCAGGCCCAGGAGAGCGCCAAGAACGUCGAGGAUGGCGACGAGAGCGACGUGAGCGAGCCUGAGGACCCCAUGCUGCUCCAGAGCGAGGCCAAGGACUGGAAGUCCCAGGACCACUACAAGAUCCUCGGCCUCUCCAAGUACCGCUACAAGGCCACUGAGGACCAGAUCAAGAAGGCCCACCGCAAGAAGGUCCUGAAGCACCACCCCGAUAAGAAGGCCGCCCAGGGCCGUGUCGACGACGACCAGUUCUUCAAGUGCAUCCAGAAGGCCACUGACGUUCUUCUCGACCCUAUCAAGCGCAGACAGUACGACUCCGUCGACGAGGAGGCUGAUGUCGAGCCCCCCACCAAGAAGACCCUUCAGAAGGGCGACUACUACAAGCUCUGGAGCAAGGUUUUCAAGGCUGAGGGCCGCUUCUCCAAGACUCACCCCGUCCCCUCAUUUGGCAGCGCCGAUGCCACUAAGGAACAGGUUGAUGACUUUUACAACUUCUGGUACAACUUUGACAGCUGGCGCUCCUUUGAGUACCUCGACGAGGAUGUCCCCGAUGACAACGAGAACCGUGACCAGAAGCGCCACAUGGAGCGCAAGAACACCAACUCCCGCAAGAAGAAGAAGGCCGAGGACAACGCCCGACUCCGCAAGCUGCUCGACGAUGCCUCUGCUGGCGAUGAGCGUAUCAAGCGCUUCCGACAGGAGGCUAACGCCGCCAAGAACAAGAAGCGUCUCGACAAGGAGGCCGCUGAGAAGAAGGCUAUCGAGGAGGCUGCCGCUAAGAAGGAGGCUGAGGCCAAGGCCGCUGCUGAGGCUGAGGCCGCUGCCAAGGCUGGCCGUGAGUCGUCCAAGAAGGCCAAGGAGGCUGCCAAGAAUGCUGUCAAGAAGAACAAGCGUGUGCUCAAGGGCUCCGUCAAGGAUGCCAACUACUUCGCUACUGGCGAUGCUUCUCCCGCCCAGAUCGACGCUGUUCUCAACGAUGUCGACGCCAUCCAGGCCAAGAUCGACCCUGAUGAGAUUGCUGAACUCGCUGGCAAGCUCAACGGUCUCAAGGUCGCUGACGAGAUCAAGGGCGUAUGGAGUGGUGAGGUCAAGCGCCUCGUAGAUGCUGGCAAGCUCAAGGACGGUGAUAUCAAGGUCCUGGCCUGAGCGAGCAAUGAUUACGACAACGAGACGAAUUGGAGAGCAAAAUAGAGGGUGAUAGGACUGUGAGAAGCACCGUCAUGGGCUGCCGUGGAUUUUCUAUAUACAUAGAGCUUUGUAGUCAUGGACAAGUGAGAGCGGGUGCGUACUAGACGGCGCACAUGCUUGGCCGUACAAGUCAACUAGUGAUGGACAUGAUGUCACAUGCAAACUGCUAAAUCACCU